AAUGGGAAAACUUGGGGAGAGAAGAGGGAAAUGUGGGGUAUUUGUCCUGAUGCCACUUAACUUUCCUUGUUCUCAGCCCCACUCCAAUCCCGGGGCAUCUUAGCCGAAAGAAGAUGCAGGGGUUUCGGCCAAACCAUCCAGGAUCUAGGAAACAUGAAAAUUCCCCAAAUCCCGGUAUGGCCCAGGACUCAUUACUGGGCCUCCGGGUGCGGUAGUUCACAACCCCAAAUCUUCCCUUCCGCCCGUGCCCUCCCGGCGCCCCGAGUGAGGGCUCCGAGAACCUUUAAUCCUCUGAUGUGACUGAAGGACCACGCCUGCCCGCUCCGCUACCCCAGUCCGCGCCCAGGUUCAAAGCCAGACUCGUGGGGUCAUUUGGGAAUUUCUUUCCUUCGCUUUCGGGGUGAAUCAUUACCAGUUGAAGACCUUGGGGCGGGGCUGGAGGACCGGGCUGCAUCGCGGGGACCAGAACGAGGGCAGGUGCCUGUCCCGGGAGUGUGCCCGGAGGCGCGUGUAGCCAGGUGGGGAGAGGCAGGGCCCUGGUCCCGAAGCGGCGAAACUUCUCUCCCCUGCUUGGCAGCGGGCGCGGGCCCGGAGCGGGGACGCAGGUCCGAGCUGUGCGGGCGAGUGAGUAACGUGCUGCGCUUUCCUCCCUAGAACCCGAGCCCUGCCGCGGAGCUCCGGGCGGCCCGGGCCCCAGGCGCGCGCGCCGCCGCCAGCCGGCAGCAUGAACACCAUCGUCUUCAACAAGCUCGGCGGCGCCGUGCUCUUUGAGGACCGAGGCGCUCCGGAGCGGGAGCGGGGCGGCCGGCCCUACGGCGGCGUCCUGGACGGUCCCCACGCCCGCCCCGAAGUGGGCAUUCCCGACGGGCCGCCCCUCAAGGACAACCUCGGCCUGAGACACCGGAGGACCGGGGCCCGGCAGAACGGCGGGAAGGUGCGGCACAAGCGGCAGGCCCUGCAGGACAUGGCGCGGCCCCUCAAGCAGUGGCUUUACAAGCACCGCGACAACCCGUACCCCACCAAGACCGAGAAGAUCCUCCUGGCCCUCGGCUCGCAGAUGACGCUGGUGCAGGUGUCAAAUUGGUUUGCUAAUGCAAGACGUCGGCUUAAGAAUACUGUUCGACAGCCAGAUUUAAGCUGGGCUUUAAGAAUAAAGUUAUACAACAAGUAUGUUCAAGGAAAUGCUGAGCGGCUCAGCGUAAGCAGUGAUGAUUCGUGUUCCGAAGAUGGAGAAAACCCUCCAAGAAACCACAUGAAUGAAGGAAGCUAUAAUACUCCAGUUCACCAUCCUGUGAUUAAAAGUGAGAGCUCCGUCAUAAAAGCUGGAGUGAGGCCAGAGUCACAGGCCAGCGAGGACUACGUGUCACCCCCCAAGUACAAGAGCAGCUUGUUGAACCGUUACCUUAACGACUCUUUGCGACAUGUUAUGGCCACAAACACUGCCAUGAUGGGGAAAACCAGGCAAAGAAACCAUUCGGGAUCUUUUAGCUCCAAUGAGUUUGAGGAAGAACUGGUGUCUCCGUCGUCGUCAGAAACCGAAGGCAACUUCGUCUACCGCACAGACACGCUGGACAAUGGAUCCAAUAAAGGUGACAGUGCAGCUAACAGAAAGGGGCCCAGCAAGGAUGACACGUACUGGAAGGAGAUUAAUGCAGCCAUGGCCUUAACAAAUCUUGCACAGGGAAAAGACAAACUGCAGGGAACUACCAGCUGCAUCAUCCAGAAGUCGUCCCACAUAGCAGAAGUCAAGACUGUCAAGGUGCCGCUGGUGCAGCAGUUUUAAAAGCUAGCUCGUUGCUUUUCAGAUCCAACCACAGAUGUUCUUUUCAGUGUUUUUCAUAAAUCCUCAUCCUAAGAGCCGAAGCAGUGGUGAGAAUGACUCCCUUUCAAACCUCUUCUUAUUUUUAAUUAUCCUAAAUAGAUCAUUUAGUUGCUUCUAUAAAAGACGUAUAAAUUAUAAAAAAAACUCAUUUUAAUCAAAAAUAUUAAGUUAUUUUAUGUUAUUCAAACUAUGCAUAAAACGUCUGCAUUACCAUACAGUAAGUGCCUUGCUUCCCGAAAAUAAGCUCCAACGUGGGCAUAGUCGGACAGCUAUGCCUCAAAAUGCCAAUGCCAUAUGCUUAUUAGUCUGCCUGCAUCAUUCCAGACGGACCUAACCAUUCCAGGACUGAAACCAGAAUCGCUGAAAGCCCUUGAAUUAUAUUCAGUAAUUCACAUAUUAAAACUUGGAAAUCUGUUCAGCUCAAGAGAAAUGUUCCUUUAAAAACAAAAAAACGAACUUCUACAGUAUUGAAAAUUGUUCAGUGUGCUUUUCAGAGUGACAGUGAGAAUUUUAUGUAUGUAUCUUGCCUGCAUAUCUGCUAUGUUCCAAACUUCCAAAACGUAAGGUACAGUGAUCCACAUAAUGUGUACAUUUACGAAGUGAUUCCUUCAAACUAAUUUAAGAUUGCAAUGUGUUCAGGAAAACUUUUUUCAAACACUGCUGGAAAGCACCACAGUACCCUUUAGAAUUCAUUUGGGUUUUUUUUUUCAAGUUUUGCUGAAGUUUUUAAAAACUUUAUUAUAUAAAUAACUCAAAAUUUUCCUGUGUAGAACUAAACUUAUACUUUAGUCUUAAAACAUAAUACUGUUUGCAUUAGAGCUCAGUGUUUUUUUGUGAUGGAAACUGUUUUCAUAUGGAAUGACUGAAAACCUUUUAUUUGGUUCAUUUCAAGUUGCAAUUGCUGAUGGACAAUUUGUGUUGCAACGAGAACAAGACAAUGAGAGAAAUGUAUCUCUGUGUGAAUAUACAUAUACACGCAUAAAGUUGAUUUUUAGAUUUAAAACACACGGAAAACAAAACAUUGAACAGUAAGUCUGGAUUUUGCCAAACAGGACAUUAAAGUAAAAAUUAAGCAAAAUCAAGCAUUAAAAGAAAACAUUUUGUUUCUAAAUUAGACUACUAUUGAGUGAGAAUAAUCAAUAUCAAGAAAGGAGAAUAUCUUUUUCAAUCAAAAACAAUAUUCUAAUCAGCUUGGGAAGACUUGAAACUUGAAUAAACAGUGGAAAUGCCAAAUAUAACAGAGUGUAUGUGCUACAGAGAAGUAAAAAGAUUUGACUUUUAUGGUGGGAUUUUUUUUCUGGGUAUGUAAUCUAUUUUUUUGUUUUGUUUUGUUUAAACUGGAAAGCAUUUUUGUGAGUGAAUGAGGGCCAAUAGUGCAGCCAUGUGGUGACAUUUUUCUUUAUUUUGCAAAAUGCUUUUAAAACCAAAGGCUGCUCUAAGUGAUAGACAGUAUCAGUCUUGAUAUAAAUUGUACGACACUUUUUCAUGUAACAUAGCAUUUGGGGAUUGGGUUUAUUUAGUGUAAUGAAGAUAAUUUGGUAUAGAAAUAUUUUGUGUGUGUGUAUAUAUAUGUAUAUUUUUACUUUGUUUUCUAAAUUGCUGUUUGCAGUAACAGUAAGUGCAAAGCAAGAUAUAUAAGUUAUGACUGUAUGAUCAGAUGAAGUAUAAGUUCUUUUGGUUUAUAUCCUUAAGGAGUUAGAGAUCCCAAAUCUUUGGAAUCUUUACAAAACAAUUUUGCCAAAAUGUGAGCAUGUCAAUGAAAACUAAAGACAAGUACUUCACUGUUUUUCAUACUAUUAUAAGUUAUUCUGGUAUUAAAUGUUUUAAUAAAAAUGUUUUUGUUUUGACAUAUUUCAGUUAGAUGAAUGAAUGCUGGUUGUAUUUUAUUUGAAUUAGUCAUGACUCAUUUUUGCCAUCUUUUUUUUAAAUCAGCAAAUUUCUUCUGUAUUGUAAACUAUAGGUGACAAGCCAAAAUAGGACAGCUAUUCACAUAUUUUUUUUUAAAUAUCAAAGCUUGAAAGAUUUUAUAAUUAACACAUCAAGAAUAUUUUAUAAUAAGCACAUCCUUGGCAAUAUCUCCAGUGGCGAUUAAUUUAUUUUUUCUUUUGCUGCUUUAACAUUUUCUGGAUAUUAAAGUCCCCCCUAAUCCUUGAAAAAAAUCUUGAACAAUGUUGAGCCAGCAGCUGAGACUCUAACUCAUAAUUUAUGCUGUAGAGAAAUAGAAUUACCUCUAUUCUUUGUUUUGCCAUAUGUAAUCAUUUUAAUAAAAUUAAUAACUGCCAGGAGUUCUUGACAGAUUUAAAAUAAAAGUUAAUUUCUAGACCUC